CGCCGAGAAGAGCCGCACUGUCAGUUUCAUCCAGACCGAGCAACAGGAACACCAUAUUAAUAUAUGAAUUAAUUGUAGCAGCCUGAUCAAUUUGAAGCGCAACCCGAAAAUAAUACAGCUGAUUAUAUUAAAAAUGAGUCUGACGCCACCAGACCAAAGCAUUCAUAAACCUAAUGAGAUCUAUGUGGAGGACAGCAAAGCAGAUCUAAUGCUCCCGUGUUUUCGCCGAGACAUGUACGAGGAGCCUCUCUCCUCCUACCAUAACGCACCGCUCAUCUCUCAUCUCUUACGAAAAACCAUCCACAAUAAGCGCUCCAUUCUCAACAACAAUCAACUGUACAUGCCAGCGACCUCCACUGCUAGCUCUAGCAUGGCUGAAUCAAGAUCUUCAGUAACUGAGACUGCUCAAGAAGACUGGAGUAACCUGUCGUCUAAGGACAGCCAGCUGGAAUUAAUGUCUCCUGGUCACACUUCCAGUGGACUGAGCACUGAACCUGAAUGUCCACUGAGCGAGCACGUCCAGGCAAAACGAGCCAGGGUGGAGAACAUCAUACGAGGCAUGGCGAGCUCACCGAAUGACAAGUCACAUGCAGAAAGAGAGAGUGCUGAGAAUGAAGUUAGCAGGUAUGACAGAGAAGUGUACAAAGAGAACAAACGCAAACGGAAGCUUCCUCAGCACCAGGAGCACAACAAUGCUGGAAUUUCAGCCAAAAACCAUGAUGCUAAUGUAAGCAGAGACGAAGAGUGUCACAAGCUAAGAAAACAGCUCCAGAGCAUGCAAAGGCUCUUACAUCAACUCCAGGAGAAAUUCUUACAGAUGUAUGACCAUGGUAGCUCAAAUAGUGAAGAGAAAGGGGAGCAGCAAGAUGACCACAAGCUUGACAUGAGCAUGAAUUCUGACCACAGUGGCACGCUUAAACACAACGAUAGCAUUCAAUUAGUUGAAGAUUUGAAUUUGAGCUCACAAAAAGAUCAAAAGAAUCUAAAGGAAAUGUUAAAAUGUGAGCUCUCCAGGGCUAUAAAUGAAAGUGUUGAAAUGGUGUUCACAAAACUCUCUUUAAUCCUUGAGGACCAAUCACCACAGCUACGCCUGUGUCAGAGUCCGGAGUGCACAAGUAUAGAAAAACAAGACCACCACGCCUGCACUAUAGAGUCUCCAAACUUUGACAAUGCCACAAAACCAAGGCCUGUAGGCUGCUAUGAAAGCACACCAUCUCAUAGUCCAGAGCACCAGACAGAAGCUUUGUCUCUAGUGGUCCAAAAACCUCCAUUAAACCCUUUGGGUUCUAUAAGCCAUUCAGUAAAAAGGCCCUAUCCACUCCACCAAUCUCCAUUUCAGUUCAGUCACAGUGCUCCUCUGCAUGACAGUCAAAUUUUGGAGCACCUCCUCAAAUAUGGACCUCAUGCUAAUUUUAGUGGGAUCUCUUGCCUGCCUCCAUCUUUGGACAGAUCAUCCACAGAUCCAAUGGUUCUUCCUUGGGAAAGCAUUGCUAUGAGGUCGAAGGUAAGCUCUGGACACCUCGGGCAGCAUCAUCGCCCUGGAGUUCUGGGCCAAGUGGCAGUAGAUGGCCUUUGCCUCCCGCAUGUCAAGAUGGAGUGUGGAGAACUGCAGAGUAUGGCGGAGAGGAGCACCUUCCUGUCACUCAAUAUUCAAGAGGGACUAACACCUAACCAUUUGAAGAAAGCCAAACUGAUGUUCUUCUACACACGGUACCCAAGUUCAAACAUCCUGAAGACCUUUUUCCCAGAUGUCAAGUUUAACCGCUGCAUCACCUCCCAGCUAAUCAAGUGGUUCAGUAACUUCCGGGAGUUCUACUACAUUCAGAUGGAGAAGUUUGCACGCCAGGCCAUCGUGGAUGGAGUGAGUGAUGUGAAGGACAUGUCUGUUACCAGAGACUCUGAAGUCUUCCGUGCUCUUAACAUGCACUACAACAAAGCCAACGAUUUCCAGGUGCCUGAUCGCUUCUUGGAGGUGGCUGAAAUCACCCUGCAUGAAUUUUAUACCGCCAUCUCCCUCAGCAAAGAUUCCGACCCGUCUUGGAAAAAAGCCAUUUACAAAAUUAUUUGUAAACUGGACAGUGAAGUUCCUGAUGAGUUUAAGUCUCCUUCAUAUUUGUAAAUACAUUUGCAAGCCGCAACUACUUCCAGGUCGGAAAGAGGUUUUUAACCAAGGAAGUGUUCUGAUUUGAUCACCAUUUCGACUUGUAGAGUCGAGCUCUGAUAUCUGCUGUGAAUAGGAGUGCUGUAGGAGAUUCUUUAGCCAUUUGAAAUGUUCACUCUUAAUACAGUGAAUCAAAUGUAAAUAUAGUUUUCAUUUCAUAUGUGUGAAUUGUACUUUAAUUUUAUACUGCCCAGUGUAUAUGUCAAGUUAUUUGGUUUUGUUUGGAUAAAUGUAUUUUUUUUGUCAAACAAAAAAAAAUGUUUUCUGUUAUCCUGCAAACUGAAAUUUAUUUAGCUUGGCUUUAUCUUGUAUUAUAAUUUCUGGUAUAAGUCGGAACUUUCAUCUCAUGGAGAAACAUGGCUGUAACAUUAAACAUAUAUGAGCUAAUGAUAAUAAUUCAAUGACAUGCUACUUCCUGCCUGUAGUGUAGUUCAGUAUAUUGUGAAAAAUUAUCUGAAGUAUUCCAAGG